GGUCGGGAUUUCUCAGUCGGCCCCGAGACGUUGGAGGAGUCACACGUUUCUUUGCAGAGCGCUUGUUCCCUCUUUGACAUUUUUAUUCGAGUGAUCCUACAGCGGUGCUUCAUUCUCAAAUAGAGUAGAUUGGAAUUCAUUAACAAUUCUAGUAAACGUAAUUUUCGAUUCUAAAAAAAGCCGACAGCAACCCAAAUGAAAACGUCAAUGGAAAUAAUGGCCGUUUCUUAAUCCUUGUCUUAGGUUUUGAAUUGGACUGUUUCGCUGAAUAGCCUGUCGCUCACGCUCCCGACUCUUCGUCUUCUUCUCCGACUGUGAAAAAUCGUGAUUGUGGGAUCCAGCAAACCAGAAAAAAGAGGGGCAGCAAAGAUUGUGAACUUUUCAUUUUUCUUGAAUUAAAGAAAACAAAAACACACACAUUUGCAAAAAUGGCCACUUCGGAUAUUGUUGGAUUUUAUCGUGAUCGUUCCGUAUUCAUUACCGGCGCCACGGGAUUUAUGGGCAAAGUCCUCGUAGAGAAACUUCUACGAUGCUGCCCAGGUGUCAAAACACUCUACCUUUUGAUGAGGCCCAAAGCGGGCAAUGACAUCCGCACACGUUUGGAAGAACUCAUCAGCACAAAGGUAUUUGACAAUCUUCGACGGGAUUCACCGGAGCUGAUGAACAAAUUAGUGCCCAUCGCCGGUGAUAUGUCGUUGCCAAGUUUGGGCGUCUCUGCCACGGAUAUUAAAAUGUUAAGCGACAAUGUCUCCAUUGUCUUCCACUCGGCGGCCACCGUCAAAUUUGACGAAGCGCUUAAAAGCGCCGUCGAGAUGAAUCUGAAAGGAACAAUGCGACUUAUCGAGCUUGUCCGCAAACUGGAACACCUUGACGCUCUCGUCCACGUUUCGACAGCCUACGCCAAUUGCGAUAAAGAUGAAAUCGCUGAAAUGAUUUACCCGCCACCGGCCGAUCCACACAAGUUAAUGGAAUGUGUCGAUUGGAUGGACGAAGAAUUACUGAAGGGCAUCACUAAAAAAUUGAUUGGCAAACGCCCCAAUACUUACACGUACACAAAAGCGCUGGCCGAGCACCUUCUAAUGGAAGAAUGCGGCGGUAUUCCACUGGCCAUCGUUCGACCGACUAUUGUAACAGCCGCCAUGAAAGAACCGAUUCCCGGCUGGGUGGACAACCUCAACGGACCAACAGGUUUGAUCGCCGGAGCUGGUAAAGGUCUACUUAGGACGCUGUGGUGCCAUACAACGAUGGUUGCCGAUGUCAUUCCCGUCGAAUUCCCCAUCAAUUUGAUGAUUGCUGUUGCUUGGCACACUGCCACACACAAACCCAACAACAUAAUAGUAUACAAUUGCGCCUCCGGCUACCACAACCCACUGACCUGGGGAGAAAUUGAACGUCAAGGGCGAGUAGCUCUGCUCAAGUACCCCAUGAGUGACGUGCUUUGGUACCCCAGCGGUAGCUUCAAAAGUAACCUCACCCUGCACAAGAUUGAUGUCGUGUUGUAUCAUUACUUGCCCGCCUACUUUCUCGAUUUUCUGGCUCGGAUGAGUGGUAAUCCCGCCAUGCUGGUUCGCCUUUACGAUAAAGCCCAUCGCGCCAUGUCGUGCCUCAACUAUUUUACAACUCACGAAUGGCGAUUCAUCAGUGAGAACCCCAUCCAAUUGUUGGAGAAGAUGUCAGCCGAGGACCGACGCGUCUUUUACUUUGACGUUCGCACCAUCGACUGGCCUUCCUACAUUGAAACUUAUGCCCUUGGCACUCGCCGUUUCAUCCUUAAAGACGACCCCAGCACCUUGCCGGCUGCUAGGAGGCACAUGACACGGAUGUUUUGGAUUCAGCAAAUAUCACGCGUUGCCAUAUUGCUGCUCUUCUGGAGGGCCGUCGUUUCACGUUCAGAGACGGCCCGUCGUGUUUGGAACCUGGCCUUCACCAUGCUCGUUUCGAUGAUGCGGCGGAUGUCUGCCGGCGCCGGAAUUGGUAUCGCCAAGUAAAAAAAAAAACUAAAAGGGGAAAAAUAGAAAAUGGAUCGUGUGCAAAAGGGCGACAUUUUGUUUUUGCCGUUUGCCAAUCCUUUGUUUAUUAGAGAGAAAAGGCUUAAGGAAAAUUCUUUUUCAAAAUCUUUUAUCUAUUACCCUUUUCCCAAUUUAUUUUCUCUUAUCUACCAAGAGUCUGAUAUUUGGCUCACUCUAUGCAUCACGAACAAAUUUUUUAAAAAGAAACACAAAUAGUUAUGUCUCUAAAUAAUAAUAAGUCUUGGAUUUACCUGUAUUGGAAGAAAAUAUUCCUCUGAUGGAUGUUUUUGCCCUCCAUGUCACCAUCUUGACUUUGCUACAUGUCUCUUAUAUUCACGUGUGAGUGUUUUGUGAAUGUGAAGUAUGGUUGUGCCCAGCAUUUUUAUCCGAAUUGUCUCUGAUCUUUCAAGAAAAGAAGAAGACGUGAAAAAAAGGACGAAGAAAAAAGUCGAGAUAUGUCCAAAGCCAGCGUUGACGUCAACAACUCCUCAACUCCUUCCAAAGCAGUUUCGAUGUCGAUAGCUCCAAUUAAAUAGAAUUUAUGUUUUUAUACCCCUCCAACUUCCUCCAACCUCCACUCAUCUUGAUGACCAAAUUAUUUUUUGGGCUUCAAUUAGAAAAAAGCCUUUGCACUGGAAACGAAUAAAACAAAGAGUUUCAGAUAUUUAGACAGAAAAGACAACAGUUUUUCCCUCCAUUGCACAAGAAGUUAAGGAUGUUGAUGGAGAAAAACAUUCAACGAUAAUUAAAGAAUGUGUACAUAUAGAGCGAGCCAUAACGAAAUGGAGGAAUGGGGUCAGCAUUCGAAUUGGCUCUAUUUCCUUUUUUGUUUUGCAAUAAUGUGUCUUUUUAACAAUAUGUAUUGCUUUUAUUAUUAAUUGUCUAGCCAUUUGUCUCUCCCAUUUCCCCCCUUAUCAUCGUUUGCUCAAAGAGUUUUUUUUUCUGUCCGAUUGUGCUCAUAAUCGUUUCGUCUCGCACUUUACGUCUUUGUAUUCCCCAUAGAGGUCCGUUUGGCUCAUAAGAUGCUAGAAAACGACAAGCUGCUAUAAGCACGUCCACAGUUGUAUAAGAGAAUUUGGUAAUAUCGUCAUUGCGAUUUUACGCAUCCCUCCGCCUGUACGUCACCAAGAAACAUUCCAAUCUAACGAUAUAUAUCAGACACCUUCCAAAAUUUUGAGAUUACGUGGUUAGCACAUUACUGCAAGUCAGGGUUUUGUCUCUUUCUAUAUUUCACUUCUUGGCAUUUUUCUUCACUACCCCUUUUAUCAUCACCUUUUCUAAGGCCUCAUAUUUUAUUACUUCUAAACAGACAAACAAAAAAGAAGGUUAAACGGCUCAUUCAAUGUGUACAUUUGUGUAACUGAAAUGUGCGAAUGUCAUCUUUGAGCGUGGCUGCUUGAUCAAGUGUUGCUGUUCCAAUCUCCCAGGAUCGUUUCUGCCACCCAAGCGCACCUCGGGUUAGGGAUAAAAGUCCGGCAACUUUUUUUAAAAUUUUGCUUUGACUUCUGAAUCCGUGUUACUUUACUGAUUUGGGCUGCAAUACUUUUAGCGGACAAUCUGCAGAUCGAUAGAAAACUUGAAUCGUUGAAUGUGUUAAUUGCCAGAUUUUUGUUUCGGACUGGCGUAUAAUUUAUUGUUCGCUAUUGUCAGCGGCCUUGUUGCAAUGAUUUUUUCCCAUUCAAAAUUUUGUUUAGAUUUGAAUUUUUCAUUUGUUGUGUGAAUGUGACCCUUGCCUAGUUUUUAUCCGUCAGUGUGCUUCUUGAGUUUAAAAUUCGAGUGCUAGAAUUGGUAUUUGCGUGUGACUGGGAAAAGUUAUGUUUUUAUUUUACCACCCACAAAAAAAUGAUACGAGAUGGUUCGUUUUUCUUUGCACUGCGCUCAUUGAUAGUUCGACAUCUUCAUCCCUUUCUGCUCUUCCCAAACUGAAUCGGUUGGUGUAGAUCACAGACAGUUUAAUACAAAUAUAUACAGUU